AUGUAUGCUUCAAAUGAAGAUGAAGAUUGGACUUAUCUACAUGAAACAUCACCAAAGAAUUCAAUUCUUCACAAGACUGUGAAUAUUGUUGAUAGUGAACAGUCCAGUUCAUCAUCGCUAUCAAGUUAUAGCAGUCGAAGUAGUAGUUCAUCGAAAUUAGAUCCAAGUGUUUCAUUAUCUUCGAUUUCUUCAACUGAACUUGAGCAUACACAAAAGACCGACAUAAUAAUACGAAAUGAUAAUCCAUUCUCAUAUAUGUACAAUUUAAAUAAUUAUCAUGAUCUAGAAGAAGAAAUGGAUUUAUUGGAAACAACAAAUAAUGAACAUUCAUUAUUGUUGUGUCAUAAUGAUAAUAACACACAGCCUGUGAACAUUAAUAGUCGCUUAUCAGCAGACGAAAAAAAACAAAUUCGAUCAUCUCAAGCAAAUAUUUUACAUGAUAAUGAUAAUUCAAAAUUUAAAAACAACAUUAAUAAAUCUCAAGAAAUGAACAAAAAUCAUGUAUUCAAUUCUGAAUUUAAGUCAAAUACAACAGAAUCACUGCAAAAUCGUAGUUCGUUGAGUGAUGGAUCACGUUCAUCAGCAAGUAAUAUUCGCUGUCCCUCAUGCUUCAAUAUUGAACAAACAGCUAAGUGUCAAAUAGUUUCAUCGAUUCCAAUGUCUGAACAGAAUAAAUUACACAAUAGAAUCGAAGGGCGUCAACAUAACAAUAACAUAUCGAUUUCAUCUAUAUAUAUAAUUGUAUUUUUCACUCUGCCAAUUAUGCUUGGACAUUUUAUUACGCGAUGGGACCAAUCAACAAUAACUAAAAUUGUCGAUGAACUUACUAAAACAAAUCAACGUUUAAAUAGCAUAAAAUAUAUCCCUUUGGAAAAUAUUCAAGAGAAAUUAACGAAACAAUUCGAAGAAAAACUUCAAAAUAUAAUUUAUGAACAGUCAGCAUGGCAUGAUCAUGAAAAAUAUACUUUAAGUUUGCAAAUACAAGAGCUUCGACAAAUACUAAAGAUAACACAACAAAAUCUAACAAAUACGAUUCAUCAAUUAACUCAAGAGAAUGAACAGUUACAAGAACAAAUCCAAUCAUUAGAACAUCGUUUAGGAAGAAAUCAAGAACAGAAGUCAAAAUUUACAAAAACAUGUAUACAAGGUGCUAAUUGUACAAAACCAACAUUAAAGAAAUCAGUUACAACUGCAUCGGAAGAAACUGCUUCGAUUGCUGCAGAUAUUUCUGUCAAUCUAUUUGGCUUUUUUAAAUCUUUAAGCGCAUCACUUAAGAAUAUAGUUGAUCAUCGUCAUGAAUAUAUUGAAAAAAGUAAAAAAAAAUCAAUUGCUUUUGCUGCCUCAUCAUCGUUUAAAACCAUUCGAACAUCAUUCCGUCGUGGUUUUGAGAACCUUUCUUCAUCGUUUUAUAAAGCUCAAUUAACUUACACUACAUGGCUUGAAUCUCGCGCAAAACAACGAGAUCAAAACCGAAUAGUAGUUAGCCAAAAAGAAAAACAACGGCAAAUCUAUAAAAAAUCUCGAUCACGUUCACCAUUUCAAUACGGCUUUAAUCGAGACCCUAGAUGGCGUCAAGUCACAAAUAAAGAGCAUAGUUGUCAUUCGAAAUCUAAUUUCCUAAUGGAUAAAAUAUGUUCGAUGAAACAUUUGCUUGUGAAAUUUUUUCGAUGA